AUCAGGUGUAGUUGCUGUUUGAGUGUUUGAUAAUCGAACAUCUGUAAUGGCUGACGACAAUGACUGCCCGUGCUGUAAUCUACCCGAAUGGCUGGAGAUCUUUGUUCGAUUUUUACACUCUGUGUCAAAAUCUAAACUAUUCUGCCACCAAGCCAACCCAAAUCUGUGUCUGUCAGCUCAAAUGGAGCCACUUGUGGUAUGUACGGAGAAUGAAGUGUGCAGACGAGGUCAUCUAUUCUGCAGAGCAGGCUGGAAGCAGUACGUCCAGGAUGUACUGCUGAGGGCUUGGUGGAAGUCAGUGCAAGAGAGACAAAAAAAAAAAAAACACGUCCUGAAUCCAGAGGCACCUUUUUUCGUGAGUGCACUCAGCGAGACAGAUGGACAUCCAGUGGACCUCUAUCCAGUCUCAAACUUGAAUCCAUGGGCACCAGUUUUCCACGGGUAAAUUGUGGCAUCUGUCAGUGUAAAAUGGAUUUUGGAUUCUCCACCCACACUGAAGCAGAGAGGAUGUGGAUGAAUCUCUGUCAUGAGGGAUUUUGGCCACAUUCUCGAGUGCACAUGUGAAAGGAAAGUACUGAC